CCUAAUUUCGGAGCUUCAAUGUCGCGAAGACGAAGGGGUGGAGCGCAGAGCAGCGGCCGCAGCAGCAGGGAGAGCAAGAGCCAUUGCUCGAAUCGAUCGCAUUUUGUGGAGGCCGGAUUUCUGAGUGAUUGGAAGCCAAAGGCGCUUGUAGAGGGACGCGGGAAGCAUAGGGGCACCCGUAAGGAUCUCGAUCACGAAUUUCUGGUCGUAGAGGACGAAUACAAGAGAAGACCAAGCAGAGAUGGUUCGUUUCCAAUUCCGAGCGAAGCACAGAUAAUUCUCGCUGCUCUUCCCACCCGAGCAGCCGUUUUCGAGGACAAGGGAUCAUCCAUGGACAUACCAAGCUGCUCUAGACGAUCAACAAAGACAAAGACUCCAAGAUCAAACAAAGCCAAAAAUCACACCAAGUAUGAGAAGAAGCCGAGUUCCAGCUCAUCCUCGGACAGUGAAGACGAUUGUUCCUCGAGUGUGGAUUCGGACCUCGCUGAGGACUACGCAGGAAAUCUUGGAAACGAGGUCUCACUGGAGGAGCUCUCCACGGAAAUGGCAAUGAGAGCCAUGGCAAUGAAAGUGGCUCUCGAGAGUGGUGACGAGAUUGACGAGGAGUUUUUUCUCUCGGAUUCCGACGAUGACGAGAGCGCAGAUGGCGAUGAUGGCUCCAGCAGCAGCGAAUCGGUUGUCCAUGCGGGGCUUGGAUACAAGUCCGGCGAUAGUAGCUCCGAGGACGAUGACGACGUGGAAGCCGUAUUUUCCAGACAGGGAGCCCGUUUGAAAUGUCUUGAUCUGAGCGACAACGAAGAACUCAUCGGAGUCAUUGAACCAUCUUUCAUUCUAGACAAAGGCCGUAUAGAAAGAAAGGGGCUGGACACGGCUCGCUGGCAAAAAGGAGUACCUGGAGAGAGGAAGAAAUACAAAAAGGAAUUAAUCGCCCGCAAACGCAGAGAGAGAGCAUUGCACCGGGGUGUUGAUCUCGAGAGCAUGAACGUGAUGUUUGAGAGCAUGGUACUCAGCGAAUGCGAUAUGCUUGCUCUUCAACCAAUGAAGCAUAGGGACCUUACUCUGGUGAAUAAGCUUGCUGCUGUAUACCGUCUGAAAGUCGGGGCUCAUGGAUCUGGGAAAAAACGAUUUCCGACUGUGACACGAACCAGGCACACGGCUCUACCGCAAGGACUGGAUAUUCAGCAAAUGUUAAAGCUUCUGGGGCGUGAAAAAGAACUCGACGACUCGCCACCGAAAGCCAAGAAGGGUGAAGCUGGAAGGCUGGCUGCCAAGUACAAGAGAGCUGCUCGGCACGCUCGGGCGAGCAUGGCACGAGAGAACGAAAAGCUUGAGCAGCAUGGCAAGAGAAACAAGAAGCCACUGAAGAAGAGAAAAGAUGGCGAGCGAUCAUCUUCGAUCCAGCAGCAGCCGCCAAGUUUCGUCUCGAGCGGUGUGCUCCAACCGGGUGACAAUCCAGAAACUCCGGUGGUGCUUUUCUCCGAGACGAGCGUCACUGUGAGGAGCAAAGAGAGCGUUGACAAAGCUCCACUCGGGAGCUUCGAAGCUCACACCAAAGGCUUUGGCUCGCGAAUGCUGGCGAAGAUGGGAUUUGUGGAAGGGAGUGGACUGGGAAGAAAUGGACAGGGAAUGACGCAGCCUCUUCUCCCUCGAUCUCGCCCAAAAUCGCUGGGACUUGGCGCUUGAGCGAUCAAUCGAUCGAUAGAGUCUAUGGCUGACUUACUGUUUAAAUUAAGCGCCUCUUCCACGCU